UUUCAAACUUACAAACUCUGCCCACAACUUGAAAUAGUUUUCCAGUAUCCGACAAUGUUCGAACGUUCCAUGUUCCUAAAAGAAUGGUUGCUGUGGUUGUCAGAAGCGACAUCGGCCUCAUGACUUCCGAGGGAACUCGGCUUUCAUCACGAGACGUCAUAACUCUUCUGAAAGAAGACAACUCCCAGGGCAGAGAUAAUGAACAUCUUGAUCAAAUUUUACGAGAAGCAAAUAAUGUGCCAAUUCCAAGUAUUGUAGUAAUGGAUUUUUAUGCUACAUGGUGCGGUCCUUGUUCAGAUAUAGCUCCUGUUUUUAAAGAAUUAAGUACUAAAUAUCCAAAUAUGAAAUUUGUUAAAAUCGAUGUCGAUAAACUUGGGGACCUUGCACAACGUUACAAUAUCAGAUCACUGCCAACUUUUAUAUUUCUACGUGGAACUGAACAAAUUGAUCGGAUUACUGGUGGAGCUGCACAAAAGUUAAGAGAUAAAAUUCAUGAACUUUCUAUCUUCGGAUCAAACUCUAAUGAUGAGAGUGGUUCACAUAAAAGCCCUCAAUCUUCGAAACAAUAUGAUAUGGAUACAUUGUUAAUGAAAAAUCAAUGUGAAUGUUUAAAUGAAGAUGAUACACAUUCACUUGCUCAAUUGUUAAAUUCUUCCGAAAAUAAUACUAAUAAUAAUUCCAAGGCAUAUUUACUUUCAGAUACAGAUGAACAGCUCAUUAUAUACAUUACUUUCUCACAAUUCGUUCGUAUUCAAUCUGUACAGAUUAAUGGACCUAAAGAGAAUGCACCUAAAACAGUGAAAUUAUUUAUUAAUCAAACAUCAACACCUGAUUUUGAUAGUUGUGAAAUUGGUGAAGCUGUACAAACAUUAGAAUUAACAGAAGACGAUAUCAAAGAUGGUGGAAUAACUCAGUUAAAUUUUGUAAAAUUUCAGAAUGUCAGUACACUUACGAUUUUUGUGCAAAAUAAUCAAUCAUCAACUGAUCAAACUCGCAUAGAUAAAUUGAAAUUUUACGGUUAUCCAGUGAAUACUAUCAAUAUGAAUGAAUUUAAAAGAGUGUCUGGGAAAAAAGGUGAAGCUCAUGGUUGA